CGCAAUUCCGGGUAUAAGUAUGCUUCCGGUUCCUUAACAAGUUCUUUCCUGUCAGCGGCCUCCGACAAGAUGGCUGUGCAAAUCUCCAAGAAGAGGAAGGUUUGUUCACAUUUCAUCCCAAAAUGGUCUUUAUAACGGAUGCAGUUGUAGCAAAUUGGGAUGCCAUGUGUUAGCAGCAUGAAUACGGAGUUGGUUGUAGCCUUGAUUGGCGUCCUCGUCCCCUAGUCUAAAGAGGAUUACCACAGAUGCUAACUACCGGUACAAGCAAUCCUCACUCCGCUAGUGAACGUGCCAAGGGGUGCAUUUUAUACCGUACUAGCGAGUAAGAAUAACCAUAAUAACACCAUUCAAAGCAUUUAGUUGCAACUCUGAUUGUCGUGAGUCUGUAGAUUGGUGGUCAGUAUCUAGUUGGCUAAUGUUAAAGUCGCACAGGUGGCAGGCUACUUUAUUUAAACAUUUGCGCUACCCAGUUCACCAGCUCUGUAACUUGCUGACCAAUGAUGCUAUCUACAGUAGCACGUUCACUAGCGGCUAUGUGACUACAAUCAUGUUCCCUACAACCUAGCUAACAAUGUACUGCAUUUUUGUGUUAUGCUUGGUUAGUUCGUCGCGGACGGAAUCUUCAAAGCCGAGCUGAACGAGUUCCUGACGCGCGAACUUGCCGAAGAUGGGUACUCCGGUGUGGAGGUGCGUGUGACCCCAACCAGGACCGAGAUCAUAAUCCUGGCCACAAGGUAACGUUACCGGUAUGUUUGUAGGUAGUGGUGAUAUGCUGGCUUUAAGGUUUAUUGUUGGUAGUGUAAGGGGUUGGGUGGUAUCCAUAUUUUCAUGCCGUCCCGGGAUAUACCGUAUUAUCGAUAGUGCACACAAGGGGCACUUCUUUCCAAAUGUAAAAAAGACCCCCAAAAAACGUCACCAGAAUGAUAACAAGUACUAAGGUACCGUAUUUUCCGCACUAUAAGGCGCACUUAAAAGCCUUUAAUUUUCUCAAAAAACGACAGUGCGCCUUAUAAUCCGGAGCGCCUUAUAUAUGGAUCAAUUGGUUAAUUGGUUGAUCCAUACUGGUUGUACACGGCGCUCAAGGUGCUCUGUCAAAAUGUUUCAGUAUGAAAAACCAAUAAAAACAAUGUAAUAAUAAUGAAAUGUUUCAGUACGACUGGUAAACUACAAAGCCGCAUUACGGUAGCCAGUACACACCGGUAUUGUGCUUACUCACAGUCCCACACCACUUGUGUGUGUAUAAAGACCCCAAAAUGGCACCUUUCAAGAGACACGCUUACGACGCAGAGUUCAAGCUCAAGGCUGUCGGUCAUGCAGUAGAAUAUGGGAAUAGAGCAGCAGCGAGAGAAUUCAACAUUAAUGAAUCAAUGGUACGGAAGUGGAGGAAGCAAGAAGAUGACCUGCGCCAAGUAAAGAAGACUAAACAGAGUUUCCGCGGGAACAAAGCGAGAUGGCCACAGUUAGAGGACAAACUCGAACAGUGGGUUGUUGAACAGAGAGCAGCAAGUAGAAGCGUCUCUACAGUCACUAUUCGAAUGACGGCAACAGCGCUAGCACGGGACAUGACAAUCGAUGAAUUUCGAGGCGGUCCUUCUUGGUGCUUUCGUUUUAUGAAAAGAUGUAAUCUCUCCAUCCGCACACGAACUACCGUCUCGCAGCAACUGCCAAAAGAUUACCAAGAAAAGCUGGUCACUUUCCGCGCAUACUGCAAAAAGAAGAUCACUGAAAAGAAGAUCCGGCCAGAGCACAUCACCAACAUGGACGAGGUUCCACUCACCUUUGAUAUUCCCGUGAACCGCACUGUGGAGAAAACGGGGACCAGUACGGUGUCUGUAUGUACCACAGGGAAUGAGAAGUCAUCCUUCACUGUAGUUCUCGCCUGCCAGGCUAAUGGCCAGAAACUUCCACCCAUGAUUAUUUUCAAGAGGAAGACCUUGCCAAAAGAGAACUUUCCAGCCGGCGUCGUCAUCAAAGCUAGCCCGAAGGGAUGGAUGAGGAAAAUAUGAGUGAGUGGCUGAGAGAAAUUUACGUCAAGAGACCGGGUGGCUUUUUCCACACAGCUCCGUCCCUAUUGAUCUACGACUCAAUGCGCGCCCAUAUCACCGAUGCUGUCAAAAAACAAGUGAAGCAAACUAAUUCGGAGCUUGCCGUCAUUCCGGGUGGAUUAACUAAAGAACUCCAGCCGCUAGAUAUUGGUGUCAACAGGGCAUUCAAAGCUAGGUUUAUUAAUUGGAUUGACCAAUGAUGUAUAUAAACCCUGGAUUGCUGACGCUAUGUAUUGGCCAUUGAAAGGCACGCCCCAUUGGGAGCGGUCUUCCAUAGGAAUGAAUGCAGUGCAAAAUUGCAUGUAUUUUUUGUAGUAAGGACAGGAACAUAGGUAAUCUAUAACAAUUGUACUAAGGAAGAAAUAUGUAUUUUUUAUGUUUAGCUCACAUAAUAUAGUUUAGAAGUAUGCAUUAAGGUGUCUAAUAAUAUAAUUAAUGUGGCAACAAAUGCAUUUCUAUAGCUUCCAAAAUGUUUUUACGAUGGUGAGUGCCAAGAUAUAGGCACAGUGGCUUAAACACAGUGCCCCCUAUCAGUCGUCUAGUGUAUAUUUAAAUCAUUGGGAUUGACUCUGUAGUUAUACUGCUGAUGCCGUGACCACGACAGUGCACAGCCAUUUAUCCCAAUCAAUGUAGUUUCCAUUGUCUACAGUUAGGUGGCCUACACAGAGAGCCCAUCAAAGCCAUUGGAUGACAGGUCUGGCAAAAAUUAACUUUAUUUCAACUUUCACCAGUGUUGUUCCAGCACAUAAACCUAUAUACAUAUGUUUGACUCCCAGCCAAUGCACGGUGUGAGCCUCCUCUUCCCUUAAGUGAUGUUGCGAUGAUGAGUCGGAAUGGGACACGGCCUGUCUAUGGGGACACUGGGUCAGGGUCACGUUCAGUUCCCCAGAGCAGCGUGUCUCUUCAGUUGAAGAUGCAUUUGUCUGAGAAGGGCUCAAUACAGUACAGGGAGUUGGCGUCAGAUGGUUUCUAGUUAGGGAGUUGGCUGUGUAGGUACCUGGGGUGUGUUCAUUACGUUUUGCAAUGGAAACUGUUUACCGUUUUAAGAACGGAACAAAACGGGCAGGGACCUACCUCAAUUUGUCCAAUAGCAACUUGUUUUCGUUGCAAAAUGUUUUCUGUUUGGAGUAAACUGUUCCUGUUGCAACAUAAUCUGUGUAAUGAAUACACCCCUGUAGGGCUGUCCCUGACCCAAGACCUCAGGGGGGAAAAAAGGUGGACCUCCACAAGUCUGGUUCAUCCUUGGGAGCAAUUUCCAAACGCCUGAAGGUCCCACGUUCAUCUGUACAAACAAUAGUACGCAAGUAUAAACACCAUGGGACCAUGCAGCCGUCAUACCGCUCAGGAAGGAGACAUGUUCUGUCUCCUAGAGAUUAACGUACUUUGGCGCGAAAAGUGCAAAUCAAUCCCAGAACAACAGCAAAGGACCUUGUGAGGAUGCUGGAGGAAACGGGUACAAAAGUAUCUAUAUCCACAGUAAAAUGACUCCUAUAUCGACAUAACCUGAAAGGCCGCUCGGCAAGGAAGAAGCCAUUGCUCCAAAACCGCCAUAAAAAAGCCAGACUACGGUUUGCAACUGCACAAUCGUACUUUUUUGAGAAAUGUCCUCUGGUCUGAUGAAACAAAAAUAGAACUGUUUGGCCAUAAUGACUAUCGUUAUGUUUGGAGGAAAAAGGGGGUACCUUGCAAGCCGACGAACACCAUCCCAACCGUGAAGAACGGGGGUGGCAGCAUCAUGCUGUGGGGGUGCUUUGCUGCAGGAGGGACUGGUGCGCUUCACAAAAUAGAUGGCAUCAUGAGGAAGGAAAAUUGUGGAUAUGUUGAAGCAACAUCUCAAGACAUCAGUCAGGAAGUUAAAGCUUGGUCGCAAAUUGGUCUUCCAAAUGGACAAUGACCCCAAGCAUACUUCCAAAGUUGUGGCAAAAUGGCUUAAGGAUAACAAAGUCAAGGUAUUGGAGUGGCCAUCACAAAUCCCUGACCUCAAUCCUAUAGAAAAUGUGUGAGCAGAACUGAAAAAGCGUGUGCGAGCAAGGAGGCCUACAAACCUGACUCGGUUACACCAGCUCUGUCAGGGGGAAUGGGCCAAAAUUUAAAGGCAAUGCUACCAAAUACUAAUUGAGUGUAUGUAAACUUCUGACCCACUUGGAAUGUGAUGAAUGAAAUAAAAGCUGAAGUAAAUAAUUGUCUUAUUAUUCUGACAUUUCACAUUCUUAAAAUAAAGUUCAGACUUCUACUGUAUGUCUCGUGUGCAACUGCUCAACAAAAAAAAUCUUGUUUAGGUGGCUAGUUAGGCAUGUGGUGGGUUAGGGUUGGUGAAAGUGGUCUGCUGUAGAAAGGGCCAUAUUGCCAAAGCGUGUUCAUCAUAAUGAGAACACUGGUGCCUUCCAGCUACUGUCCUGCGUCAUUCAAACUAAUCUGCAUUUACUAACUCAAAAGUAUCUAUUGAUUUGAAUGAAAUGGAUAAUCAGAUUUUUAAAUAGGGGAAAAAACAUGUUAAAUAUGGCUGGAACAUUCAGGAAAACAAGAUGACUGAUAACUGAUUGCAGACAUGGAGCACAUUUAGUGUUAUUGUUUCAGGACCCAGAAUGUUCUGGGCGAGAAGGGCCGUCGCAUCCGGGAGCUGACCGCUGUUGUUCAGAAGAGGUUUGGCUUCCCUGAGGGCAACGUGGAGGUAAAUGCACACUACUGACAUGCAUCCACUAGACACUACACAUUAGACAUACUCCCUAACCCCAACAUCAGGGAGCUGACAACUGUGGCUCAAGAGAGGUUUGGCUUCUGACUGCAGUGUGGAGGGUAGAGGAAUAUGAUUGUGUGAAGUUUUUAAAUGAAAACAAGUGUGAAUUCCACAUUUUUACAAGGGGAUGAUUUAAAAUGUGUUAAUCAACUUACAACAACCAACCUCAAGUGUGUCUGAAGGUAGAAUAUAUGACUGGAGAAGCUCUAGCUUUGCCUUUGCACCAGACUGUUAACCAGAAACCACUUUCCUUCGGUGAUGAUACGAUGACGAGUCGGAACGGGACACAGUCAGUCUCUGCGGUCACUGGGUCAGGGUCACGUUCUGUGUCUCUGGGUUCAGUUCCCCAGAGCAGCGUUUCUCUUCAAUUGACGACAUUGAGGCAUUUGUCUGAGAAGGGUUCAAUCCAGUACAGAAAAUGUGUGAAUUCAGAUGGUUUCUUGUUAGGGUGUUGGGUGGCUAGUUGGGUAAGAUGAAGGUAGUCAGUGAUGCAUGAAGUAGUCGGCGUUCUAGAGACUAUUUCCACCACAAUUUAAGAAUGUGAAUCGCGAUGCUACACUUCUCUGCUGUGGUGGUCCUGGGGCUAUCACAUUGCAGUACCCGCACCAAGCUGUAUGCUGUGUAGUCUCUCUCGCUGUUUGUGUAGAAGGUUAACCUCCCCACUCUCUCCCUCUCUAGCUGUAUGCUGAGAAGGUUGCAACCCGUGGUCUGUGUGCCAUUGCUCAGGCUGAGUCUCUGCGCUACAAGUUGCUGGGAGGACUGGCUGUACGUAGGUAAGCCUAACCCUGACCUCUAACCUGUUGCAUCUAGACACUGCUCGAAGGUCAGUUAUGCAUUAACCUGUAAUGGUGCAGGUUUCACUCUGUAAUGGUACAGGUUAGGAUUUGGGAAGGUAAGCGGGUUCUAGAUCUGUUCAGGAGAAUAUUGGCGGACUUAUCUUUGGUUUUUCCACUAAUCUGUGCUGUCGUCAAUCACCCCAGACCGUUUGGAAGUAUAAUCUGCAUUAUUUAGUUAUCUUGAGCAGCCCCUAGUUAGCUUAGCAUGCUAACAUGAGUAUCUCUAGGAAUCCAUUGAGCACAUGUCCCUGCUGUUACAGUCCACUUUCUUAAAUUACCUUUCUCAUGAUAUACAGUAGAAUGUCUCCCUUCAAUGAUGAUACGAUGACGAGUCGGAAUGGGACAGUCCGUCUCUGGGGACACCUGGUCAGGGUCACGUUCUGUGUGUCUGGUUUCAGUUCCCCAGAGCAGCGGGUCUCUUCAGUUGAAGACAUCGAGGCAUUUGUCUGAGAAGGGCCAGGAAAAUGGCUCAUAAUGUCAGAUGGGAGCUCAUAGUUGACAUGUGUAUUAAACCCAUUUUCUUUCUCAUUUACAUUUUCUCCUAUCCCCCUCCCCUCUUUGCACUCAAAUUUUCCUCCUCGCCCUCUCUCCUUUCUUCCUCUCUCACCAUCUCUCUUCUCUUUCCUCAUCCCUUUCCUCUCCCAGAGCUUGCUAUGGUGUGCUGAGGUUCAUCAUGGAGAGUGGUUCUAAGGGUUGUGAAGUGGUGGUAUCUGGGAAGCUGAGGGGUCAGAGGGCCAAGUCAAUGAAGUUUGUUGACGGCCUGAUGAUCCACAGUGGAGACCCAGUCAACUACUACGUAGACACCGCUGUACGCCACGUCCUGCUCCGACAGGGUGAGUACCAAAUAACCCCUAUACCCUACCCCUAGAUUAUUCUGCUCUGUCAAGGUGAGUCAUCAACAGUAGGAUUUUUGGUCUUUUUAAAGGUGAAAUGUUUUCCUUCAGUGAUGAUACGAUGACGAGUCGGAACGGGACACGAUUUGUCUCUGGGGUCGCUGCGUCAGGGUCACGUUCUGUGUCUCUGGGUUCAGUUCCCCAGAGCAGCGGGUCUCUUCAGUUGAAGACAUCGAGGCAUUUGUCUGAGAAGGGCCAGAAAUGACUUAAGUCUAGUCAUAUUAUGAUCAACCUCUUUCUUGCUACACCACACAUGGGCUAACCCUCAUACUCUAUACGCUUCACUGUUCUACAUAUACUGUUCUACGUACGCAGAAUGAUAACCGUUGUGUAGAGGGCACUGAUGUGUUUUUGUUUGUCAGGUGUGCUGGGCAUCAAGGUGAAGAUCAUGUUACCAUGGGACCCCAGUGGUAAGAUCGGCCCCAAGAAGCCUCUGCCAGACCAUGUGAGCAUUGUGGAGCCCAAAGACGAGACUAUCCCCUCCACCCCCCAGUCGGAGCAGAAGGGGGCCAAGCCAGAAGCCCCAGCAGCCAUGCCACAGACUCCUGUACCCACCGCAUAGACAGGUACUAUACCCUAACACUAACCCAGCCACUGCAUAGUAGAAAUGUACUGUAAAUCAGUUGUUCUCAACUGGUUUUGCCUCUGGGCCCAAAUUUAACCAGGUUGCCUCAGUUGUGACUCAAAAUGUGUAUUGUGGGGGAAAACCACAAAUGCAAUCUGGGAGAUUCUUUUUAAUGCUAGAUUGAAAAUGUAGUAAUUGUGGAGGAGGCUUGUGGUAGUGAAAGGACUCCCCAUGAUUGUCUCAUUUAAAAUGCUGCACCAAAGAGUAUCUCAGGGUGUGAUGGAGUAAGUUUGUUUACUUUCAGGGCGACGUUUAGUUUACUCUUCCCUUCAGUGAUGAUACGAUGACGAGUCGGAACGGGACACAGCCUGUCUGGGUUCACUGGGUCAGGGUCACGUUCUGUGUCUCUGGGUUCAGUUCCCCAGAGCAGUGUGUCUCUUCAGUUGAAGACAUCGAGGCAUUUGUCUGAGAAGGGCUUCCUGGCUUUAUGAAAUGUGUCCCCCAAAUGGCACCAUAUUCCCUUUUAUACUUUUGAACAGGACCUUUAGUGCUCUGUUCAAAUGCAGUACCCUGUAUUGGGAAUGGGGUGCCAUUUGAGUCUGACAAUAUACUGAUGGCGGAAUUGACCUUGAGCAUGUAGCUAAGCUAAUGUAUGUUGUGUAUAAUUCACAAGCUGUGAUUGAGGUAGGGUUAGGGAUGUUGUCCUAAUUCUGUCUUUUCUUCUCCAGGUGUCAACCAUUUGUUCAGAUGGAUGCAGGACCCUGAAUUUUUCUGUACAAAAAUAAAACUUGGAAAAUACA